AUGCUGUUGCCGUUGAAGAUCCAGAAGAUAGGGUUUGAAGCCCGCGAAACUUUCGUCAAGACUUGUGCUGUGAUGAGCAUGGUUGGCUACGUUCUCGGUUUGGGCGAUCGUCAUACCGAAAAUAUCCUCUUCGACUGCACCACAGGUGGCUUGGUUCAUGUGGACUUUAGCUGCGUUUUCAACACCGGCCUCACCUUGCCCUGGCCUGAACUUGUACCCUUUCGUUUGACUCGAAGUCUCGUUCAUGCAAUGGGUCCCACUGGAUACGAGGGUACAUUCCGGCGUUGCGCUGAGGUCACAAUGCGUCUCCUACGCAGAGAAAUUGACCCAUUAAUUGCUGUCUUUAGACCUCUCUACUUCGAUUCACUUGUGGAGAAGAGUUCUGACGCCAGCGCUAAUCCUGAUGUUCGAAAGGGCCGUAAGACAGGACAAAUUGAAUCUGCACCCACGGAGAGCAAAUUAACGAGAGCGGCUAUCGAGAAGCUCUCUGGAAUGGAAGAUCGACUUCGUGGUAAAAUCACAGAACACGACGAGUUCAGUAAACUUCUGCCAAUGUCUGUUGAAGGCCAGGUCGAUGUUCUACUGAAGGAGGCCACUUCAGUCGAUCGACUUUGUCAAAUGUACAAAGGCUGGAUGCCUUUCCUGUAA